AGAAGCAUUGAUCAUCAAACUCCCAUUCGAAACAUAGCUUCUUUGUCAUCCUUUAGUUACACAAACACAGUGGAUGAGUCUACCAGUCAAGCUAUGGAAUUACUGACCAUAAAUCAGAUUUAUGACAAUGAUGAGUGAGGAGAAUUCUGGGUAGCUGCUAUGAUAUCUGGUAUUGUCAAUCCCAUGGAUUGGUGGUAUAGCUCAUGUCAGAAAAAUGGCUGCAACAAAAAACUUAAGCUUUCUGAAGGGGUUAACAAAUGCUUCAAGUGUAUGCAGAUCUGGGAUGAGGGGAUUCCCCGUUAUAAAAUACAUUUGCGUGUGGUUGACAUUAAGGGUAAUGCUUCCAUUUUGCUUUGGGAUAGGGAAUGCCAAGAAUUGAUAGGAGUUCCAGCAAAUGAACUUUAUGCAAGGAAUAAGGCAAGUAACUGACUGCUAAUAUUAACUGAGCUGCUAUUUAUUUAUUUGACAUACUAAACCCAAUCUUUUUUUUUCUUUGAAAUGGUUUUGCAGAAAAAUAUGCCAGUGAAGGAGGUAAUGGAUUUGGUAGGGAGAACAAUGUUAUUUAAAAUAAAAGCCGGGAAGGAUGAGUUAGCCAACCGUGGCAAGGCCUUUCCAGUCCUAAGAAUUAAUACUGACCCAGAGUUUUUGAAAAUUCACUGCAAUGACCUAUUGAAACUGAUGGUUAAGGAAGGCAGCUAUGACUUUCCUAUAAGUCUUGGAGAUGAUGAUUUUCUUGAGGAUUUUAUGAGUGAUGAAGGUGAAAGCCCAAUAGCACUGUUGACACCUGCUACUGUUGGAGAUGCAGUUGAUGGAACGACUAAGAGAUGUUUGCUAGAUGAAUUCUCAUCAACUCAAUCUUCCAAGAAAGUGAAAGAGACUAAAGUAAAAUUAGAGAAAAUUGAUUGACUGACUGCUAUGUGUGGCAUGACCCAGCUAUUGGACAACAUAAGUGUUAAAUUCAGUUCGAAUGGAUGUCUUUUGAUACUUUGCAGUACACAUAUUUUAGUUAUGUGUACUGAUUUGAACUCGGUUGUUGUUUUGUAAUCUGUUUUUUCGUAGACUAUCUAUUUUAUUUCAGUUCUCAUAUCUGUGCAUGUAAUUAUUAUUUGUGGUGUGUUUUCACAG